CUUUUGCUAGUCACGUGACUAAACUUAGUCCUUUUACAUUGGGUGAUCAUAAUUGGUCCAUCUUCCCUUUUUUUUUGCUAGAGUUUUAUCACAGCUUCGUAAUAUGCCUAAUGGUUCUAAUCAAAAUGGUCCUAGUCUAGAUCAGCAGUUUGCUGGGCUGGACUUGAAUGGCCCCGGGAGACAUGACUUUGAUGGACAACAAGGAGGCUAUGGUGGUGGUCGCUACGUCCCUCCACAUCUGCGUGGAGGUAUGCCCAACUUGAGCCAACCCCCACCAGGGCAUCCAAAUGCAUCUUUACCCCAACAAGGUAAUUGGGGAGAUUCUGGGGGCAGAGGGCCACCACCUCGUGAUGGAGGAAGGUGGUCGGGAAAUGACAGGGGUGGCUAUGACAAAGGAGUCAGUUAUAGUGGUGAUAGAGGAGGCAGCUACAACGAUCGUGGCAACUAUAGUGGUGACAGGGGUGGUAGCUACAAUGACAGAGGUGGUUACAACAACAAUAGGGGUGGUAUGAGAAGUGGAUACAAUGAUAACAGAGAUAACAGAGGUGGCUAUGAUAGACGUGGAGGUGGAAAUCAAGGCAAUUAUAAUCGUGGUGGUGGCAAUGCAGGUGGAGGCAAUUAUCAGUACAAUAAUGACAGGGGUAAUAAUGAUCGCUGGAACAGACAAGGAAGUGCUCCACCUCCUCCUCAACCUGUUGGUGGUGGUGGUGGUGGUGGUAACAGAUGGGAUGUUCUCAUAGAAGAUCGUGAUAGAGAACGUCGCCAAGGUGGCCAAGGAUACAAUCGCUGGGACAAUAGAGAGGACAGCUUAGGCAAUGAAUCUAGACAAGAAGAUUGGUCUAUUCCCCUGCCAAGAAAUGAAAGGCUUGAACAUGAAUUAUUUGGUGCUGGCAACACUGGCAUCAAUUUUGACAAAUAUGAGGAUAUACCUGUGGAAGCUAGUGGGGACAAUCCACCCAAACAUAUUGAACAUUUUGAAGAUUGCACUUUAGGAGAAAUAAUAAGAAACAAUAUUGCCUUAAGUAAAUACAGCAAACCCACACCAGUACAGAAAUUUGCCAUUCCAAUCAUUCUGAAUAAAAGAGAUCUAAUGGCUUGUGCACAGACAGGUUCUGGAAAAACAGCAGCUUUCCUCAUACCAAUCUUAAAUCUAAUUUAUGAAAUGGGUCCUGGAGAUUCAGCUGCUGCUGCUGCUAGGCAGUAUGGUAGAAGGAAAAUGUAUCCAAUUGCUCUUGUUCUUGCCCCUACCAGAGAAUUAGCAUCCCAGAUCUAUGAUGAAGCUAGAAAGUUUGCAUAUAGGUCAAGGGUCAGACCCUGCGUUGUGUAUGGUGGGGCAGAUAUUGGAGCUCAAAUGAGGGACUUGGACAAAGGAUGCCAUCUUCUUGUGGCAACACCUGGCCGUCUGGUUGAUAUGAUGGAAAGAGGAAAAGUUGGACUUGACCACUGCAAGUUUUUGGUCCUUGAUGAAGCUGACAGAAUGCUGGACAUGGGCUUUGAACCUCAGAUCCGUCGCAUUGUUGAGAAAGACAACAUGCCACCUUGUGGUACACGACAGACCAAUAUGUUUUCAGCCACUUUUCCAAAGGAAAUCCAGGUUUUGGCUAGAGAUUUCCUGGAGAAUUACAUCUUCUUAGCUGUAGGCAGAGUGGGCAGUACCAGUGAGAACAUCACCCAGAAAGUAGUCUGGGUCGAGGAACAAGAGAAGCGCUCUUUCCUUUUGGAUCUUCUCAAUGCAGCUGGAGUUGCAGGGUGGCCAAGUAAGACUAAUGUUAUAUCAGGACCAGAAUCAUUGACUCUUGUCUUCGUUGAAACCAAGAAAGGUGCUGAUGCUCUUGAAGACUUCCUGUUAAGAGAGGGAUACCCCGCAACAAGUAUCCAUGGUGACAGGUCACAAAGAGAACGUGAAGAUGCCUUGAGAAUUUUCAAAUGUGGAGACAGGCCUAUUCUUGUUGCAACAGCAGUGGCAGCCAGAGGUUUAGAUAUAUCAAAUGUAAGGCAUGUUAUUAAUUUUGACUUGCCCAGUGAUAUAGAAGAGUAUGUUCAUCGCAUUGGUCGUACUGGUCGUGUGGGGAACCUUGGAUUGGCCACAUCAUUUUUCAAUGAGAAAAACAAAAACAUAGUCCGUGACCUUUUGGAUUUGCUGACUGAAGCUAAUCAAGAGAUUCCAACUUGGCUUGAAUCCAUGUCUAUGGAUGUUCGUUCAGUUGGAAUGACCAGCAGACGUGGUGGAACUGUUCGAAGGUUUGGAACAGGAGGCAGCUUUGGUGGUAGGGAUUAUCGUCAACAAGCCAAGCCAAUGAAAACCAACUUUCAGCCUGGUGGUGGUAGUGGUGGUUUCAAUGGACAACAGCCCUUUAACAACCACUUUGCUCCCAACUUUCCACCACCCCAGUACAAUUAUGGAGGAAACUAUGGUGGAACUUACAGUGCUACUCCAGCCAAUGAUUGGUGGGGAAGUUAAGGCAGCCCACAAAUGUACAGCUAUGGCUAGGAGCAAGUGAAAUCUGGAAAAUAUUGCAAUGUUGGAAGAAAGAUUGAGAAUUGAAACGUCUUCAACUGUUUCAAUAGUUUCCAACAUUUUACUUGUCUUAGCUAUUGGCUAUGUGGAGAUUGAUGCCACCAACUUUGUCUCACCACUGCAUGUUGUGUAGCUAUCAUGAUGUAGUAGACUUGAUUGUUCUUCAAUAUUUCAUGUUCUUGGGGGGGACAUGCGGCAAGGACCAGAGAUGUUUAAUACGAAGCUUUGUUUAAACUCUGAAUAACUUUUUUUUUCCUACUUAACUUUUUUUUUUUUUUUUUUUUUGUUUGUUGCUUUUAUCCACAUUUUUUUUACAUCUGAAAUGUGAUGAUAAAGAACACCCAUUAAAUUUGGUUCAGAUGACCAUAAGAAUCAAACUUUCACCCAAGAUACAUUAUUUUUAUUUUGGCUUUAGUGUAUAACUAAAGCUAGCUUUCAAAUACCAAAAGAGAAAGCUGAAAAUGGUCACCUGGACAAGUUUGAUUUCAAACUUGUCCAAGUCACCUGUAUAAAAAAAAAGGCAAGAAGAUGAAACCAAGUUCUAUUGAUGCAAUAAAAAAAAAACUUAAUUUGCAUCAUUUGACUAGUUACGGUAUAUGGACCAUUGGUUUAGAAAGCGAUUUAAACUUGUCUUAGUCGUUUCCAAACAAAUUUAAACUUAGCGGUUUCCUUGGGAAUGACUGAUGCUAAGUUUAUUGCUUUGUACUUUGACAUAUUUGGCGGUGCAUGCCAAUUGCUCAUCAUCUUCACAUAUUUUCUGCUGUGGAGAGAAUAUUGUAAAUGAGACAUUGAUGCUGUUGCACAAGUUUGUUUGCUGUUGAAAAGUUUCUCUAAUGCAGACCAGUUUUUGUGCUUCUAAAUGUACAAGCAGAAAAUGUCCUUUGACUUCACUUUUGAAACUUUUUUUUAUCAUUAUGUUCCGGAGCCCAAAUGGCGUAGGAUGAGCAAUGGUUUAUGUAAAGCUUCCAUAUAUGUGUGUGUAAAACUGAGUGCCAGAUAGAGCACCUCUGGCAGUAGGUUCAGUUAGUUGUCUCAAACCAAUUAAGAAUCUAUGUUAGAAAAAACGGUCUAAAAUUGGGUAUUGGGCCCAAAGUUAUUGCAUUUAAUCCAUAGAAUGUUGGUUGGUGCAACCUAAUUUUUUUGUUCUGAGUGCGGUCCAAUGUUUGCUUCACACAAUUUUGUAGUACUUAUCGGUGCCUUUCAUUAUGACAAUGUUUUUGAACCACAAAGACCAGGUACACAUAGCAGUAUUCCCUUUAAUCUCUUUCAUAUGCCAUAUCAUACUGAUAUAUACAAAGAAACCGGUGUGCACAUAUUAAUAUUGUGCUGUGGGAUAUGUAAAUUGUAUGUGGUGUUGAUGUGUACAUAGUCUAUGGUCUAGCUAAUUGUCAGUUGAUAUUUUAUUUUAUAUUAUCAGAGGUUCAGUUAAUUGUCAUCUGACAAUUAUUUUUAGUUAGCUGUUCUUUUUAGUAUCCAAACUUUUUUUUUUCAAACAAAAGGUUUAGUUGGUGCUGCUUCAGCAGUUGACACAAAUUUCUAUAAUGGUAGGUUACAUUUUUAUGUUUUGAAUUAGGUUAUUCUGUGACAAUCAAACGAUCAAUCUAUUAUUGAUGUUAAUGGCACUUUUGUGUACUUUUACAAUGUGAAGCAAAUUAUUGUUGGGCUGCAUGAGUUCUAAUAUGAGCACAUUUUUGUGUGCUGGACCAAUAGAACAUUUCUAUCAGCACUUUGUCAAAUAUAUUUCUAUUUUUUUUUGUAUGCAAGGUUUUUAUCAAUGGCAGCAUUUCAUAGUAAUUGAUGAAUCUCUUUUUUUUUUUUUUUUUUUUUAAAUAAUUUUAAUGCUGCACUAAUAAAAAAAAACAACUUAAACUUGGGACACAUUGUCUCAUCAAAUUGACCUCUUUGGAACAUUUCCAGAGUCCUAAAGUGUGCUGACUACAUUAUUAUAAUUCAGGGCCCAAUGUCCAAAGGUAUUUAUAACAAGUGUAACAGCUUAAAAGAACUGAGGUUUCAUCUACACAUGGUUUUUCAACCUUCAUUAUUUCACUUCCGCUUUUUAGUUUUAACUUGUGCCCUAAGGCUUAUGAGUUAUUGCACAUUUUUAUCAUUGGGGAUCAGCUCUUAAUGUUUCACUAAGAGUAUUUUGUAUAGUCUACAUGUGAAUUGAACUUCAUGUUCCCAUUGCCAGCAAGUGUGUCUUUGGAUACACAUGUUCCUAUAUUAUAUUAUUUAUUCUAUUUGAUUUGAUAGUUUUGCAAGUCAUUGUAAAAGGGAUCCAUUAAAUAAGCUUGAUUUGCAUUCCAUUUAGGAGAAUCAAACUGCUGUUGUUACUGUGUGACAUGUCACAGUAUCGGCAUUAAAAUAUUUGUGUGCCCUAAUUUUAUUUUAUGUAAAUGUCUGUUAAGAAACAAAUCAAUACAUUGGGUUCUUCUUUCAGUGUCAAAGAGAAACAUGAGUCUUCUCCCCAGUAUGAUGUGCAAUCUCUGAGCUCUUGUUAUUAGAUGUUGUAUUUGGUGUGAGAGUUUGACAUACAAUUUUUUACUUUUUUAUGUCGUCUAGCGGCUGUGUCUGGAAAAAAACAACAACUGCUUGCCAAAAUAGUUUUUUUCAUUUUCAAAGUAACAUUGUCAUUACUAAGAUUCGUGUUAUUUCUUAAUUUAUUUUAAGUACCGGUAAUUAAAACCAUAAUUUGCUAUGGAAGUGUUUCAAUCCAGAUUAUUUUUUUUCAGCUUCCCAUUAGUAAGAAAUUAAUAUAGUUUAUGUUCAGCUUUGGUUGUUCACUGUUUUAAUGAAUCCCUAGGUUAAAGCUUAGGGUGUUUGAUCAGAGUUGGAACAUAAUACAGCCAAUGGGUUUAAAUAAAGUUAAUCCUGUAUGGUAGAGUUUUCUCAUUGAAUUGCUAGUCAUUUAAUGGUUGCAAAGUAUAUCAAUAUAUGACUUCUUGUGUACGUUUUGUUAACCCUCAAACAAAAUGAAAAGUUUAAAAUAAAUAUUUGAUGAAGAUAGUCAUUUUUACCAUUAAAAUGCCUCAAUAGUAAAUUUCACCAUUAAAAUGCCUCAAUCAUGUAAUUAUUGGUGUUGAUUUGUUUUUCCCUUUAACAAAAUUGCAUAUCUGGUUCAGAGCCGAAUGUUGCCCUGUCUAAUUUGUUUUUUUUUUGUUUUUUUUUUUCAAGAUUAUUGGGUUCAGAAUUUCUUGUUGGAAUUUAUUAUUUUUUUUUGUCUUUUGUUCUUUUAAAUUCAACCAGUUGUCUAUUUCCCUUAUUUUUAUUUUUAAAUUGUUGUGUUUUGUGUCAGACUGAUUCAGACACCAUGCUUAUUGAUUAAAAAAUACUGUUAAGAAAUGGUACAAGAACUUGGCCAGGCUGCAGCUAUCUUUUUUUGUUAAAUAUUUUCAAUUUAUUUGACACAAAAUUAAAGAUGACAAAUUGUUUCAGCAGUUAUUUUAAUAUGAAACUGUCAAACAAGAGCUGAGUUGAUCUUUGUUCCUAUCAGCUCUCUAUAUUGUGUACUAUUUGUACUGAUUACAUUUUGAAUGCUUAUUGUUUUACAGAAAAUGUUGCCCUUAUUCAGAGAUCUGAGUUUCCUCUAGUUAAAAAUUUUGUUCUAAGAUAACCAGUUGUUGCAUUGUUAAUAGUGGUGUUGUGGUUCUGUUUUUAAACAGAGAAAUUAAUAACACCAAAUUUUUUUCAACAAAAGUUUUAUCAUUGUUGACUUUAUGAGGAUUUAGCAAACUCAGCAUUUUAUGAAAGCAAAGCUACAUAGACACCUGAUUACUCUUAAUUUCUUGCCAUUUUUUUUCUUUAUGAGAAUAUAUAACUUGAAAUAUGUUUGCUUUUUAAUUUCAAUGUAAUUUUUUAAACUUAAAUUUAUUUUUUUUUCUUGGCUGUUGCCAAUGGUACAUUUUAUCUGGAAAAGUAGAAUGUAUUAAGUUUUCCUAGAAAGAGGCAUGAUGGUCAAGUGGUUAAGUGCUUUGUUGCUGAAAUAGAGCUUGAGUUCAAAUCCUAUGGAUUUUUUAUCUGGAUUUAUAUAUCUUACCAGUUAUAAGAAUACUUGGCAUUUAGGCAGAGUAAAGGGGAUUGGCCACCAGGUACCAGAAAUGUAUGAACUCAACUUACCUGCUCUAUGACCAUCAAGGUUUUUUUUUCCCUUAGGUGUAGAUCUCGGUCAAUAUAGUGAUUGAUUCAAUAGUAAAUUCUGUGUUGAUCUCCCAUGAAUAUAGCUGACUAGAGCUGUUGCAUUGUGUUUUUAAGUAACUGUUCCCUUGAGAAAUGAGCGACUCAUAGCAUGCCAGUGGCAGGUUGGGAAUGAAGAUAAUCCAAACUUUUUGUUCUUUAUGCCUAAAGAUGAGGUUUUAUUUGUUUACCGCUAGCCACUAAACCUCUCCUCCUCCUGAUGGUGCUCGGCUUGUGUUGUGACACUAUCAAGAGUCGGGACACGUUUGGUCGAUGCAGCACCUCACUUGUGUAGUGGUGUGGGUCUGACUGAUAGUGUUUUGUUGCUGUUUCAGUCACUAGUUAUUUGGGUAACAUCUCCUUAUUGCAAGAUAUAUAUGUGUAUAAUAUAUAUCCAUGUGUGCAUUGACUGUUGGAAUUUUUGUGUUUGUUUAGGUUAGUGCUAUCCUAGCACCAUUUAUGUAGUGGUAAAAAGAAACAUUGUAAUUUUUUUUUUUAUGCUGGUACCGUAACUCACUUUUCAGAGGAUAGUCCUGCUGGGGGAGCUUGUAGACACUAGCCUACCAAAUCAUUAGCGUUUUUCUUUUCUUGUUGAUUUCAAAGUUUUAAAAAUUUUUAUUCACAUCUAGUGACAAUCUACAAAAUUUUAUUGCAUGUUAGAUUUGUUUAAAGAAAAAAUCUCUUAACUUAAGCAACUUCUUUAAAAAAAAAACAAAAGUAUUCUGCAUAUUUGACUUGUAUUUCUUCAAAAUAAAUUAAAUCUAGCAGUUGUAUUUUGUACAUGUUUCAAUCAUGUUAACACAAAUCUAUUCUUCCAUCCUCAUUUUUGUUACACCCACCACAAGAUCAUCUGUUAGGCCUACCCUGAUGGUACCAUAAGAGUUUCUGUUAAACAGACUUUUUAAGAGUUUGAAAUGGAAUUUUUUUUUAAAGAGACUUGACCUCUGUAACCAAAACAUUUAGAAUUUUGUUAAGGCUAAGACAUAACUUUCUACAACGAAAACAAUGCCCUCUACUUGACCACAGAAAUCAAAUUUUUAAUGUAGCCUUGCAUCUAUUUUAGAAAUUUUGGCCAAUGUAAUUAAUGCCAUUUAUCAACAAAAAAAAAAAAAAUCCCCCCCCCCCUUUUUUUCCAUUUUCCUGUUAUAAGAAAGGCAUUUUGAAUUGUAUUUGUGUAUAUUUUACUAUAUUGCUGCAAAGUGCCAAAUACUUUGUUUUUUGUCACACACACACCCACACACUGUAGCUGCUUGACAUUUUUGGUUUAGUUGUUAAAAUGUGUGAGGGUGUUUCUGUCUUGAAUCUGUCUUUUCCUUUGAACCUUAUUGAACAGGGUAGAGUUGAAAGGAAACAAGGGUGUGGGGGGGGGGGUGCAGCACAGACAAUAAAUGUAACAGGUGACCACCAAGGAACCAGUUUUAAAGAACAAAUCAUUUCAUUCUCAAUAUUAUGGAACUGUUAGACAUUCCAUUCAUUCUGGCUUUGUACUCUGGUGAGAAAGUGCAUUGGCUUGCACAUUUUAAACUUUUAUGUCAGUUUUCUUUUCUUUACAUGGUUAUCAACUAUGUAACAAUAGUGAUUAGCAGAAACCAUUGUGUGAUUUAUUUGAUGUACUGUAUAAGUUUCUAAACACUUUUGUAACAUAUAUAGUGAACUCCAGCAAACUGUUUAUUUAGUCAUCCUUUUGUUUGAAGAGAGUAGCCUGGCAGACAUAAGGCUUAGUGCAAUGCUAACAAGUUGUUCUGAUUUCAUGUUUUCUUUUUGUAGUUUUGAUGUUAAGACUUUCCUUAAGGAUACAACCAAUUGAUAACAGUAAAGGUCCACCAAAUGAUCAGGAAGCAUGGUCUUCUUUGAAAUAAAACAGUCUGAAUGACACACUGCU